AUGGAUUCGUUCACCGCCAUCACCUCCUUCACCAACCAACCCUCUGUUGAGGUCCCCUCCGACCUCGAGACUGGCGGAGGUUCCGGAAAUGGCGCCUACUGCGUUAUUGCCUGA